AUGCUUUCAACGAAGCAAGAAGGCGCCUUGGAACAGAAUGCUGCCGGCACAGUUAACAGUAAAGAAACACCGAGCGUAAUCAUAAAAACAAGCACGGGACGGGUGGCCAAAGCUGUGGACACUCAAAAUGCCGGUGUCUUCAAAACACCGCAAAUCCCUGUUUCGGCUAUACCGGCAUUUAAUGGGAGCAAAUCUAAUGCGGAGAAAAAGAAUACAAUCAAGACUGAAGAAAAACGUCUCAUCGCGAAGACACAAGCUGUUGGUAUUGGUGCAGGAUCGUCUUCGAAGCCGGAGCCAAAACCCAGUGAGGACAAUAAUGUUAAACCGCAGCAAAAAGCGACCAAAAAGGUUUGGACACUAAGCAACUUCGAUAUUGGCCGCCCGCUGGGGAAAGGAAAGUUUGGCAAUGUGUAUCUGGCGCGUGAGAAAGAAACAAAGUUUGUAAUCGCCCUCAAAGUACUUUUCAAGAAACAGGUCCACGCCCAGGGCAUCGAGCAUCAGGUGCGGAGAGAGAUUGAGAUUCAGUCACACUUGCGCCAUCCGAACAUUCUCCGGAUGUAUGGCUACUUUCACGAUGAAACACGCAUCUACCUCAUACUAGAGUACGCUCCCGGUGGCACGCUCUUCAAGGAGCAACAAAUGCAACCGGGCAAAAGGUUUCCGGAGAAACGGUGUGCCUACUACAUCCAUUCAAUGGUGUCUGCUUUGAUUUACUUGCACGAGCGAAACGUCAUCCACCGGGACAUUAAGCCAGAGAAUUUGCUGCUAGGACAUGGCGGAGAGCUCAAGAUAGCCGACUUUGGUUGGUCCGUUCACGAGCCGACUUCGUCGCGGACCACGCUAUGUGGCACACUUGAUUACCUGUCGCCGGAAAUGGUGCAGGGACAGCCACACACAAAAACCGUAGAUCUAUGGAGCUUGGGUGUGCUGGCUUACGAACUAGUCUGCGGAAAGGCCCCAUUCCUUGCCAACACUUACGAGGAAACGUAUCGCAAAAUCAUGAAAGUUCAGUACACCGUAUCGCCGGACGUAUCAAAACCCGCCGCUCAUCUGAUUUCGCGUUUGCUUGUUCGCGAACCGGAAAACCGUAUGCCGUUGGAGAACAUUGCUAUUCAUCCAUGGAUUAUGUUGCACGUCGAUAAGAAGUAGUAACCUUUGGUAUGAUUUAGACUUGGCCCUUUUAAACAUUAUAUAAUUUUUUUUGUUACGUGUAUUAGAAGUAUGAUUGUAUGGAGCAAAUAAGUUUUUUAUCUUUA